AGGGGCGCGGAGCGGGACUUCGGGGCCGCAGCUCUUUCGGCCGCCGCCUACAGAGAGCGUCUUCCUGUGGCCGCCUGGGUGCCGCCGGGACGAUGCGGCCGGAUCCCGGAGGCUGCUGCUGCUCCCGUCGCCCGGUGCGGGCGAACAGCUGCGUGGCGAACGGGGAAGUGCGGAACGGAUACGUGAGGAGCAGCGCCGCGGCUGCCGCAGCCGCUGCCGGCCAGGUACAUCAUGUUACACAAAAUGGAGGACUGUAUAAAAGACCCUUCAAUGAAGGUUUUGAAGAAACACCAAUGCUGGUUGCUGUGCUCACUUACGUGGGGUAUGGCGUCCUCACUCUGUUUGGAUAUCUUCGAGAUUUCUUGAGGCACUGGAGGAUUGAAAAGUGUCACCAUGCGACCGAAAGAGAGGAACAAAAGGACUUUGUGUCCUUGUACCAGGAUUUCGAGAACUUUUACACGAGGAAUCUCUACAUGCGGAUCCGAGACAACUGGAACCGGCCCAUCUGCAGUGUGCCCGGAGCCAGGGUGGACAUCAUGGAGAGACAGUCUCACGACUACAACUGGUCCUUCAAGUACACAGGGAAUGUAAUUAAAGAUGUUAUAAACAUGGGUUCUUACAACUAUCUCGGAUUUGCGAGGAACUCUGGACCAUGUCAGGAGGCAGCUGCCAAAGUCCUAGAGGAGUAUGGAGUCGGAGUGUGCAGCACUCGGCAGGAAAUUGGAAACCUGGACAAGCAUGAGGAACUAGAGAAGCUUGUGGCAAGUUUCUUGGGAGUGGAAGCUGCUAUGGCAUACGGCAUGGGAUUCGCAACAAAUUCCAUGAACAUUCCUGCUCUUGUUAGCAAAGGUUGCCUGAUUCUGAGUGAUGAACUGAACCACGCUUCACUGGUUCUGGGAGCCAGACUGUCAGGAGCAACCAUUCGAGUCUUCAAACACAAUAAUAUGCAGAGCCUAGAGAAGCUGUUGAAAGAUGCCAUUGUUUAUGGUCAGCCUCGGACACGAAGGCCCUGGAAGAAAAUUCUAAUCCUUGUGGAGGGAAUAUAUAGCAUGGAGGGGUCUAUUGUUCGCCUUCCUGAAGUGAUUGCCCUGAAGAAGAAAUACAAGGCGUACUUGUAUCUAGAUGAAGCUCACAGCAUCGGGGCUCUGGGCCCUACAGGACGAGGCGUGGUGGACUACUUUGGCCUGGAUCCUGAGGAUGUGGACAUCAUGAUGGGAACAUUCACAAAAAGCUUUGGUGCUUCUGGAGGAUACAUCGGAGGCAAGAAGGCGCUGAUCGACUACCUGCGGACGCAUUCCCACAGCGCGGUGUACGCCGCGUCGCUGUCCCCGCCUGUGGCGGAGCAGAUCAUCACUGCCAUGAAGUGCAUCAUGGGGCAGGAUGGCACCACCCUCGGCAAAGAGUGUAUUCAGCAGUUAGCCGAAAACGUCCGGUAUUUCAGGAGACGUCUGAAAAGCAUGGGCUUCAUCAUCUAUGGGAAUGAAGAUUCUCCAGUGGUGCCUCUGAUGCUCUACAUGCCAGCCAAAAUCGGCGCCUUUGGACGGGAGAUGCUGAAGCGAAAUAUUGGUGUAGUUGUGGUAGGAUUUCCUGCUACCCCCAUCAUUGAGUCCAGAGCCAGAUUUUGCCUGUCUGCAGCUCAUACCAGAGAAAUGCUUGACACAGCUUUAAAGGAGAUAGGUGAAGUUGGGGACCUGCUGCACCUGAAGUACUCCCGCCGUCGGUCAGUGCCCCUCCUGGACAGGCCCUUUGAUGAGAUGACAUAUGAGGAAACGGAAGACUGAGCCUUUUUGGUGCUCCGCUGCAGGAACUCUCUCGCUCACCCAGGAGCUGCGUGUGGCCUCUCUCAGCCAGCGGCAGGAUCCACACUUCCGUGGCCAUCUCACGUGCAAGACGUUUCCUCAGCUGCUGACGGCGGCCACCUCCACUCAGCGGCGUUUUGUAAAUAGUGAGAAACUGCUGCACAUCCUUCCUUCGCUACAUUUCACCUUUAAAAAAAAAAAAGAGGGUGACUCACUUUGCUUUUUUUGUCUAUUAAAAAAAAUGUUUUAUUUUAUAACUAUUCUACUUGUGAAAUCACGCUGACCACGCAGGCUGUUUCGCUCUCGCAGCCCCUCCCACUCCUGCGCCCAGCCAGAGCUCCUGCCAUCCCUGGCCCUCCUUCCUGGGGAGCAGGUGCCUCCCACUCACCUCCAGUCAAGGUCUCUGAGGCUGCCAGCCUUGGACUCCCAACUGAGCCAGUCACGACACAAUCCACCAGUGUUUUAAAGGUGACUGAAGUCUAGCCGUGUGAGAAAGGCAGUCAAGACUAACGUUGCUGAAACUGCCCCCCUCCACUUGGAACUCUCUCUGGCCAGGAGCCUCUGAGGCUUGGUCUUCGUCCAUUUUGUUCUGGCCACCAGAGGAUAAUUCUCCUUCACCAUCAAAUGUUUCUCCAUAAUGGUCACCCUCUGAAGGUUAUGUCCAGUUUCUGGGUGUUUCCCAAGCUGUAAUCUGACACUCCCGUUCCCUCUUUAAGACACGGAGAUUGCAGCCACGGACCACCCUGGUCAGACCUCGGUGCUGAAGCUGAUGCCCAAGCUCUCUGCUAUUGUGUGCAGAGUGGCCCCUCGGUGAUCCUUCCUCCUGCCAGCACGAGAGGGCAGGGGCAGUGUGGAAAGAGGUGGUGGCUCCUCGUAUCCACAGAAUGUCUGGGUUGGUUAUUACUGCUUUCUACUUCUCAAAAUUAUGACAGCCUCUGCCUGGGUCUGGGUCCAGAUUAGGAUUGAAACUGAUAAAGGAAAAUGUGGGUGAACCCCCCGGAGGGCUCAGAAAGCAUUUGUCAGUUCGCUGAGUUUGUUAGCUCACCCUUUCUAGAGGAUGGUCUAUGUAAGUAGCACUCUCUGAGUGAUGUUGCUCUUUUCGUCCUCAGUGGCCUAGUGCAGUUCUCAGCUGCCAUCUGGGCCUCAGGGGCUCCGUCUCCUUCCGUUACCUCCUUGUUUCUCCCUGAGAAAUUCUGAACACACUUUCACUAACCUGAGAUCCUCUUUUGACUCUGUUUUCAUACCAGGCAAGGGAACAUCUUUCAGUGAGCUUUAUACUGCUUGACCAAAGAACAAAUCCGAAAAUCACCAUGUUAAAGUUCUUACUUUUUUUCCAUUGACCAAAGCUUAAGUGAAGAGAACUUUGGACUUUUCUGUACCCAGGAUCAGCUGUCUUUUAGUAGCCAUCAAGUAUUACAGGGGAAGGAGUGGAAACAGAAUGAAAGAACUUUGUGUGAAAGCAGUUUUGUACAUUUUUGAAAUCACUCCUUUUAUCGGCAAAAAAAAUUCUCAGUCCCAGUUCUCUCUAGACAUCUUGUCAUCAGAUGUGAUAUUUUGUGCUGAUACGUUUAGUGGAGGGCAUAAACGAUGCUAUUGCUGGUGAAGUUUUGUUUUCAUGUCUUAAGUUAUCUUAGGUCACUCUCAGCAUCUGAGAACCUUAAGCCCUUGAAAUAGUCUGAGGUUUUAUUAUACUUUUUUAAAGAAUUAAAAAAAAAAAUGAACCAGGUAGAGAUGCAGACACUGCAUUUAGCAUGUACAAGUUGGAGUGAAAAAGACUGUGGUAAACUAAGUAAUUAGUCAUGUAAAAUAAAAUACAUUACUAACAAUCCUUGCACAUCUAGGUCCUCACCAUAGAACCCCAUUAGAAUACCAGAGAGCUUUUGCUGGUAUAAAGUUUGCAAAAGUCACAAACUUUAAGCAAUGAACUUAAUGGCCAGUCUUUUAUUUUGACUUGCAUGAAGUCUCUGCAACUUAAAAUGUCAGUUAUAUGGGCAUUUAAAUAUAUAUAUAUGUCACUUUGCUAUGCAGUUAUUUCAGGAUAAAUGCAGUUAAGUUAUAGGUUUAUUUUGAAGUGAAAAAACUGUGAUCUCACCAAGCACUCUACUUUCUAGAGGACAAAACAUUAUGCACACUGAUUGUCUCUUCCUGAAACUGUAAUGUAAAUCUAGGGUCCAGUCAUCACAGACACCAUUAUUUAACCACGUACUUGGGAAAAUACAAGUGUAUAUAAAUGAAGUCAUUGGGAAUGAGUAGAAACAAACCCAAAACAAAUAAGUGUUGUUUAGUACAUGGUUUAACACAGCCUGCUUCAGAAAUCUGAUGGGAUUCAAACAGGUAUCUGCUAACCAUUCCUACCAAAGCUGAUUCAUCAGAGUUAGUUGAUGGAGGUGUGACUAAACCUUACUACUUUUUCUCAUCCCUCUUUUCAUGUAGCAUUGUCUUCAUCCAUUUCAGGUUUAUAUGACCGUUUUGUGCAGAUCGCAUCAGAAACCAGGAAGUGUAUAACUAGGGGACAUCAAAAUCACAUCCAAAGAAUGGAUCAAGUGGCAGUGGCAGAUUCUCCUCCCAUCUUUAUUAAAAGCUUUGGCCUAGAAUAUGGUGUGUGUUUUGGAACAAGUAAAUGUUGAACGGGAAGGUUCAGGGUUAAGGUCUUUGGAGCGCCAAACUUUUCACUUUGCCUUGGAACAUUUUUUCCCUUUAAAAAACAUUCUGGUCUCCGGAGCCCAGAGUACUGCUCGCUCGUUUGAAGAACUCGGCACCUUUAGUCUUUUCAUCACUGUCUUAAACUUUGGUAAUAGGGUAUUUUCAGUUGGUCAAACAGGCUUCUUCCUUAUGUAGUCAUUGAAGGUGAACAGAAGUAAGGGACACAGCUUCUGAAGGCUGUGUGUUUGCCUGGUGCCUUUUCAGAAGCCAAAGCUGUGUUUAUUCCCUCUCACCCCCCUUUCCAAAUUGAUGAAGAUCUCUGGCAACUUGUCAUACUGGGUUAGGCAGCAGCACAGAACUGCUAGUCAUGUGAAGAAAGAGAAUUCGGGUUCUUCUUUCGUAUGAAUUUGUGGCAAAACCACCUUCAGAAGGUUGAAUAUAAUUGACUGUUGCCCAGUUUUCUCUUUUUUUGGCCACUCUGCAUGGCAUGCAGAGGUCUAGUUCCACAGUCAGGGAUCAGACCCGCGCCUCCUGCAGUGGAAGCGUGGAGUCUUAACCACUGGACUGCUAGGAAAGUCCCUCCUGGUUCUUGUGUAAUAAUACAAAGAGUUGCUGUGACCGCAUUCCCAGAAUGUCUCUUUCGAUAUUCUAGGUAAGCCAGAAUGGGUUUUAAUCUCUACUUGCUCUAACCUGUGUGGUUAGAAAAGACAAAAGAGUUCUUUUCCUCUGUCCACUGUCAGGAACGUCAAGAAUUGUUGAGCACUUCACACAGGUAAAAUCAGUGUAGCCCCAAGGGGUAAUGAAGGGGGAGUUAUGAAAAUCACAGGAUUCGUCUUGGCCAUUGAGCAGCUGUCUGCUUCAGUGCACCCUCAGCCUGUAGAUUGAUACGCUGCUACCGGCCUAACGUGGAAGCUCAGUGCCCAGUAGGCAUCUUAGUCCAUGAAGCCAGUUAAUCAAAAUAUCUUCCAUUCUCUCCUCAGCAUUACCUCCAUGAAACAUGGUGUUCAGACUCCUAGCCAGUUGCCAUGUGCCCAGAUAGCUAAGUUAGACAGCUGGCUUCCUGCCUUAUCGUACAGAAGAACUGUCAGGACUUGCCAAUAAUCCCUUUGCUCUUAAUGUGUAAAAAUGUCAUUGCCCCUUUAGUCAUUUCCAGUACUUCUAAGCACCUUUUCCUAUAGAUUGAGCCUUUUCUAGGGAGGAGACUGAAGGGGCUAGCCCAAGCCCUCAUUGGAAAUGUUUUUCUAGUCUCUGCUUAGUCUGGAAUUGUCACAUUCCCAGUCAUUCUUGGGAAGGACUUGGGGGAGCUUUGGUCAAGGUCUUGUUUACUAUGGAGUACACAUGAUAAAUGGCCUUAUAAACUGAAAUUCUUUGUGGUAUGAUGAGUUUAUUCAACUGACCGUAAAGAAUUCAGUGGUUAUCUUAAACUGCCGUUACUAUGUUUUUAAUGAAGCAUACCCAAAGCUCUGUUCUUGUGGAGCAGUUUUGGGGAGGUUGAAUGAAAGGUAAAAGUUAGUUCAGCACCCUGAUAUUGUGCCAGGCGUCCUGCCUUGUUGCUGUCUGCAUGGAUAGUGGAUCCUCCCAUAGACGAGGAGCCUGGAGCCCACUCAGUGUCUGCUUUUUCCACCAUAGUUCCGGAGUUCCUUGUGCACAGCUUUGUCGCUUGGCCCAGGUCUUCCUAAGAAGUGUGGGACAUAUCCCUGACUAGGGUGGAAUGUCUUCACCCUUAGCAUUAGGUCUUGUUCCCUCAGUUGUUAAGGGUUGGACCAGUAAAACGCAUCCUCAGUGGUUCUUCAGAGGAGACUAGUGAGGUCACCAAGUCAGCCAGCAUGCAGACGCAGUCUUAAUGAUCCCUCUCUGGAUAAAGGCAGCUACCAUUAAGAGAAGGGGGAAAGAUAAAUGAAGAAUAGAGACAUAGCUUAUGGGGAGCUGAGCUCUUUAUUUUGUUGGCCUAUAUAUUUUUCAUUCCUGAAAAACUGGAAUUUGCAAGAGGUGCUGUGAUAACCCUUCUCCAGCCCUGUAAUGCUCAUAUAAUCUGAGAAAGAGAAGGGAAAUAUAUAAAUUACUUUUUUUAAGAUUUAGUAUUGUGUUAAAAUGUCACCCUGUCUCCCUUCUUUGCUGAAUGAUUUUUUUGUUUUGUUUUUAAUUUGUUGGAUGAUGGUUGAGCUAUAAAUAAUGGCUUGGGGGAGGUGUAUCCAUUCUGAGAGUGUAUGUUAAGAGCUGAAGGGGAACUACUUGAGAUGACUUAAGAAUCAUCCCAUGCAAAUACAUUGUUUUGCUCCAAUAAAAAACUCGAAAAGCUGUAUCUGCCUUUAUUCAUUCAGCCAAUAAAUACUGAGUACUGUU